AUGUCUACCGAAGGUACUCGUCAAAGAAAACCACAACCGACGGAAGUCAUCGCCGAAACAGCCAAAAAAGUCGAAACCGAAGUCGAAGAUGUUUUGACAGUACUCUGGAACGACUUGCCAUCAUGGCAGCGUGACAAUCAUUACAUUCAUUCUGGCUACCGUCCACAAUCAAAUUCCUUCCUCAAAUCUUGGGCAUCACUCUUAUAUAUUCAUAACGAAACAGUCAACAUAUACUCGCAUCUUCUCGGCGCGAUUGCUUUCACCAUAUCUGGACUCUUGCUCCAUACUAGCCUUGCUUCUCGAUACCACUCUGCAAAUAAAGCUGAUGUAUACACUUUUGGCUGCUUUUUCCUGGGUGCGGCAGCAUGCUUGGGAAUGAGUGGAACUUACCAUACCAUAUCCAAUCAUAGUCCAAUCGUAUCGAAGUUUGGAAAUAAAUUGGAUUAUGUAGGAAUUGUUGCGUUGAUUACCGGAAGUUUCGUUCCAAGUAUCUACUAUGGGUUUUAUUGUUAUCCUCACCUGCAGGAGAUGUACUGGACUAUGAUUUGCUCUUUGGGACUUGGAUGCGCGACCGUCUCAAUCUUCGAGAAGUUCAGAACGCCAGAAUGGAGACCCUAUCGAGCAGCAAUGUUUGUUGCUAUGGGCUUGUCUGCAAUCGUUCCUGUUUUCCAUGGUCUAACCAUCUAUGGGAUAAGCAACAUGCAGGAACGAAUGGGACUUUCGUGGUUGCUUCUUCAAGGAGUUUUUUAUAUUACGGGUGCUGGGCUGUAUGGGGCGCGGUUCCCCGAAAGAAGGUGGCCAGGCGCUUUCGACAUCUGGGGAAGUUCCCAUCAAAUCUUCCACAUUUUGGUUGUAAUGGCAGCCGCCUCACACCUUUAUGGUUUGUUGAUUGCCUUCGAUUACAACCAUAGGACAAUGGGAUUGAAAUGCUGA